AUGGAAUGCUUAAUCAAGAAACUCAAGGAUUUAUUUCAGAACUCAAUUCAGAAAUGUUUUCCAUCAAUUAGUGAAGAAGUGGUUGUCACCUAUGCCAACGCAAAGUUUGGACAUUUUCAGUGUAACAAUGCCCUAAAUAUAUACAAAAAGCAUGGAAAGAGUUUAAAUUUAGAAAACGCUCAAAAAGUAUCACAACUUAUAAUAGAAAAUAUAAGUGAACAUUUUUUCGAGGAAAUAAAUUCGUCUGCACAAGGUUUCAUAACAGUAAAGGUAUCAAAAGAAUAUAUAGAAAAAUCGUUAUUAAAAUUAUUUAAGAAUAACAAAGUAGAUAUAAGAGUAAAUAUAAACGAGGUUAUAGAUGGAAAUAUUGGAAGUUAUGGAAAUGUGUUGGUUGAUUUUUCUUCUCCAAAUAUAGCCAAAGAAAUGCAUGUAGGUCAUUUAAGAUCAACUAUAAUAGGUGAUAGUAUAUGUAGAAUUUUCGAGUUUUUAAAUGUUAAUACGAAAAGAAUAAAUCAUAUUGGUGAUUGGGGAACACAAUUUGGAAUGAUAAUAAAUUAUAUAAUUUCAAAGUACCCAAAUUUUAAAGACAACAUGCCAGAUUUAAGUAAUUUAACUGCCCUGUAUCAGGAAUCCAAAAAAUUAUAUGAUUCUGAUAAGGAAUUUGAAAAAAGUUCUAAAGAGUAUGCUAUAAAAUUACAAAAUAAUAAUGAAGAUUGUAAAUUUAUAUGGAAAAAAUUAUGUGAAAGUAGCAUAAAAGAAUUUGAUAAAAUAUAUAAAAUAUUAGAAAUUAAUAUAGAAUACAUUGGUGAAUCAUUUUAUAUAUCUAUGAUAUCAGAUGUUUUGGAUAUGCUAAAAAAGAAAAAUAUACUAACGAACAUUGGAGAAGCAUUAUGUUAUCAAUCUGAAAAUUUUAAAUUCCCUUUAUUUUUACAAAAAACAAACGGUGGGUAUGGUUAUGAUUCCACAGAUGUUACAGGUAUAUAUUAUAGAUUGAAAAAAUUAAACUGUGAUUCUAUUAUCUAUGUCACAGAUAAUGGACAAUUAUCUCAUUUCGAAAUAUUAUUUGAUCUAGCCAAAAAAGCUGGUUGGACACAUAAUGAUACCAAAUUAAUACAUGUUGGCUUUGGUUUGGUUUUAAAUAGCGAUAAUAAGAAAUUUAAAACAAGAAGUGGAACAACUGUUAAGUUAAUUAAUCUGAUUAAUGAAGGCACAGAAAGAGCAAAGAAGGACUUAUUAGAAAGAAUUAAAAUAAAAAGCGAGGAAGAAAAAAACUAUUUUGAAGGUGUAGAUAUAGACAAACUGAGUGAAGCGCUAUGUGUUAGUGCAAUAAAAUACUUUGAUAUUAAGCAGCACAGAAAUACCGAUUACAAAUUUUCAUACGAUAGUAUGCUAAAUGUGAAAGGUAAUACCGGAUUGUAUAUUAUUUAUGCGUAUUCACGCAUAUGUUCCAUUUUUAGAAAAUCAAAUAAAAAUGUAGAUGAGUUAUCCAAAGAUGAGUUAAAUUUAGUUAACCAGUAUGAAAUAAAUUUAGGACUACAUAUUAUAAAGUUUCCCGACGUUUUUUAUUUUGUCCUAAAAAAUAUGCUAAUUCACAAGCUGGCUGAAUACACGUAUGACUUAACGACAAUAUUUACAGCGUUUUAUGAAAAUUGUAAAGUUUUAAACAGUGAGAACGAGAAUUCAAGACUGCUUUUAUGCCAUGUAACAAAAUCAUUGCUACACAUUUGCCUGGAAUUGUUGGGUAUGAAGGCAAUAGAAAAAUUAUAA